AUGAAUAACAAUAUAGAGUUAAAUCUCACUUUGAAUCCCUCAUCGGCUCCCCCCAAUGAAACUCCCCCGAGUCACAACCAAACCCCAAGAAGAAAACGCACUAGGAGAACCUCCAACAACGAAACCGGUUCUUCUUCCUCUCCGAGGCCUAAACCAGACCCUGAUGCUCCCUUAAUCACAGAGCCAUGCAAAGUAUGUGGCAGAAAGUUCUGGUCUUCCAAGGCACUCCAUGGACACAUGAGAUCUCACCCUGAGCGUCAAUGGCGUGGCAUCAACCCUCCUCCUAACCACCAACCAACCGUGACGGCAGCACCCCCGGUGUCUGUUACAGCGGAAGGCGGUCAAGUGUUGGCUAUUGCCUCCACGACCGGUUCAAGUGCAGUAGGAGUUGAAUGUGAAGGUUGUAAGAAAAUGUUUGAGUCACGUCAAGCGUUAGAUGGACAUAUAUGUUCCGCCAUUUUGAACUUAAACGAAGAACCUCCUCCUUCUCCUCCUCCUCCUCCUCCUCCUCAAGAGGUCGUUGAUGAGAGCAGGAGUGUGAUGUUGGCGUCAAGGAUGAAUCAUCGAUGUGACAUCUGUUCUAAAGUGUUUUAUAGUGGUCAGGCUUUGGGUGGUCACAUGAGGUGUCAUUGGGUUAAGGAUAAGGAGAAGAAACAAGCUUCGACUGGUAUCGAUCUCAAUGUUCCUGCGUCGUCGACCAACUUGCAGCCCGGUUCUUCUUCAGACGCAGUGCCAGAGUCUUCUUUGGAUCUUAAGUUACGACUCUGACAUUAUAAUAUCUUAUGGGUAUUGGUUUUUUUCUCUUUAUGAAACUCUCUAUUUUAUGUGUGUGAGUCACACAGUGUGACGAUUUGUACGAUGAAUUUAUACCAUUGGGGGUAUUGCAAUAAUCUUAUUUAAAACUUAUUUGUUGACG